UAUACUUAAUUUCCAAAACCAAAAGAUGGUAGAAAAUUUCCGAUUUGUUGCUAUAAAAGCAUGGUCAAUAAUGCAAAUGGUCAACAGUGCUUCUUUGCAUCUCUUGGAUAUUUCAUAUCUUCUCACCGUCAACACUUAAAAUGUUCAAACUUAUUUUGGUUGCCACCCUUUUGGGAUUAGCUGUAGCUGCAGACUCUGACAGAGCCGCUGAAAUUCGCACCCUCACCAACGACCCCUCAGAUGCAGAUGGAAACUUUGCGUAUGCCUUUGACACCACCAAUGGAAUUGCUGUCCAAGAGAGUGGAAAUAUUGCCGGAGUUAAUGGAGCUGCCCAAUGGGUGUCCCCCGAAGGUGUCCCCGUUCAAUUGACCUACACAGCCGAUGAAAACGGAUACCAUCCAUCUGGUGACCAUUUGCCAACCCCACCACCGAUUCCAGAGGCCAUCCUCAGGGCCAUUGAAUACAUCAGAACCCAUCCACCAAAGGAGGAGACAGUUAAAUACCAACAGGCUCAGGCUAAUACCCCAUUUAGAGGAUAAACAUAAUUAAAUCUAGUGAUUUCAUUCAUUUUAUUUAUUCCGUCUUAUUGUUUUUUUUUUUGUAUUAUUUGUCAAGGUUAAACAAAUAAAUUGUUAGAUUUUUUAUAAGGAGAAGAAGAAUAAAAAUAAAAAUCUGUUAAAUUUA